AUGGACACAAAUACACAAAUGAAAAGUAAUAAACAAUUGUUAAAUGAUCUAGUUGUUACUGAUCUAGUUGUUACUGAUUUAGUUGUUACUGAUCUAGUUGUUACUGAUUUAGUUGUUACUGAUCUAGUUGUUACCGAUUUAGUUGUUACUGAUCUAGUUGUUACUGAUUUAGUUGUUACUGAUCUAGCUGUUACUGAUCUAGUUGUUACUGAUCUAGUUGUUGCUCAUCUAGUUAUUACCGGUUCAGUUGUUACUGAUUUAGUUGUUACUGAUCUAGUUGUUACUGAUCUAGCUGUUACUGAUCUUGUUGUUACUGAUCUAGUUGUUGCUGAUCUAGUUAUUACCGAUUCAGUUGUUAUCGAUCUAGUUGUUACCGAUUUAGUUGUUACUGAUUUAGUUGUUACCGAUUCAGUUGUUACUGAUCUAGUUGUUACUGAUCUAGUUGUUACCGAUUUAGUUGUUACCGAUUCAGUUGUUACUGAUCUAGUUACCGAUUCAGUUGUUACUGAUCUAGUUGUUACCGACUUUGUUGUUACUGAUCUAGUUGUUACCGAUUUUGUUGUUACUGAUCUAGUUGUUACCGAUCUUAUUGUUACUGAUCUAGUUGUUACCGAUUUUGUUGUUACUGAUCUAGUUGUUACCGAUUUAGUUGUUACUGAUCUAGUUGUUACCGAUUUUGUUACCGAUUUAGUUGUUACUGAUCUAGUUGUUACCGAUUUUGUUGUUACUGAUUUAGUUGUUACCGAUCUAGUUGUUACCGAUUUAGUUGUUACCGAUUCAGUUGUUACUGAUCUAGUUGUUACUGAUUUAGUUGUUACUGAUCUAGUUGUUACCGAUUUAGUUGUUACCGAUUCAGUUGUUACUGAUCUAGUUGUUACUGAUUUAGUUGUUACUGAUCUAGUUAAUACCGAUUUAGUUGUUACUGAUCUAGUUGUUACCGAUUCAGUUAUUACUGAUCUAGUUGUUACCGAUUCAGUUGUUGCCGAUCUAGGUGUUACUGAUCUAGUUGUUACCGAUUCAGUUGUUACUGAUCUAGUUGUUACCGAUUCAGUUGUUACUGAUCUAGUUGUUACCGAUCUAGUUGUUACCGAUUUAGUUGUUACCGAUCUAGCUAUGAUAAGAUGUUUCUGA